AUGGCUGCCAAAGUGUUUGAGUCCAUUGUAAAGUUCGGCCUAAUGUUAGCAGUUGCAGGAGGCGUGAUGAACUCCGUCUUAUAUAAUGUGGAUGCUGGGCACAGAGCUGUAAUCUUUGACCGAUUCUGUGGAGUACAGAACAUUGUGGUAGGGGGAGGGACUCACUUUCUCAUCCCUUGGGCACAGAAUCCAAUUAAAUUUGACUGCCGCUGGCAAUCACAAAAUGUACCAGUCAUCACUGGUAGCAAAGAUUUGCAGAACGUCAACAUCACACUACCCAUCCUCUUCCAGCCCGUGGCCAGUCAGCUCCCUCGUAUCUACAGCAGCAUAGGCGAGGACUAUGAUGAGCGGGUGCUGCCUCCCAUCACUACAGAGACCCCUAAAGUCGGUCUGUAGUGGCUCGCUUUGAUGCUAGAGAAUUGAUCACGCAGCGAGCGCUGGUCUCCAGGCAGGUGAGUGAUGACCUCACAGAGAGAGCACCAACGUUUGGGCUCAUCCUGGAUGACGUGUCCUUGACACAUCUGACCUUCAGGAAGGAGUUCACAGAA